AUGGAGAAUGAACAACAAGAAGAGUUAUUGAGACAAAUGUAUUUGCAACAGAAUGAACUAAAUAAUGGACAUGGACAAGGAGUGGAUGAUCAACCUCAACAACUACAACAUAAUGAUAAUGCAAAGAAACAUACUAUUACAAUGUUUAUAAUAUGGGCUGCUAUAUAUCUGAUAGUUAUAGCAUUGAUGUCUGAUAUACAAAAGGAUAUAGACGUUUAUCAACAUUAUAUAUCUGGAACAUGCUUCUUCCAACGCUAUCAUCAAUCAGAAUGGUUACAAACUGAUGAAUCAUCUUAUAGAUUCAAAGGACUUGUAGAAGUACUAGUUAAUACGAAUAAGGAUACAAAGAAAGAGUUGGGAGAGAUAUACCCAAAUAUAGUUAUUGUAUCAACAACAGAUGUACAGACAACAGAAGCCAAUGAUGGAGAAACAAAGACGACGACGACGACGACGUUGUCAUUCCCAAUUGUUACCAAUGUAUCAAUCGAUGAAUCAAUCAACCAGCAAGCAUAUGAGAUGCAUAGUCUACCGUAUGCCACGACUGGCACACAGUAUAGACAUCCUCAGCGAUGCUUCUUCCAUCCACUCAGCAAAGAGGUGGCGGUCUACCGAUCGGUCCUGCCACUGGUAUACCUCAACCUGCUGAUAUGGUGGACUGCCACGGUGAUAGUGGGCUGGCUGCUGGCGCGCCGCCUACUGACCAAGAUCAUGACAUUCCACCUGCAGUUCUAUGUGCUCCUGCAUCUGGUGUCAUUCACCUUCCACGACAGCAUCGAUUACACACUCAAGAUGUUCCUCCAACAGUUUGGACUGCGGUGUCUCCUCUUUGCCGUUGUAGACGUUGCCUUUGACAACAUCCCAUUCAUUAGACUACUCUGUGAUCGAUUCGUCUUUCAUGUCAGCACACUCGUACUCUACCUCAUCUCAUAUUACCAGCUCAUUGAACUAUCAGACUUGACACUGAUCAGUCUG